UGCUUCUUUUUAUAAAAAUAAGACAGUAUUCAUACUCUAAUGUACCAUGACCAUGAAAUUUCUGUUCUUUUAAUCUUUGCAAGUUGCAUAAAUGGGAAAGCGAAAUUCUUCCCUAAAAUAUAGGGUCUUUUUUCUAGGGAUACUGAGCGUUUACUAGCAGAACAGUUAAAGAUUUCAUGUAGAGUUCCAGCCUCUUUUUGGAGUGGGAGUAGGAUGGGAAAAGACAGAAAGCCUGAACCUCACCCAAACACCAUGAAGCUACAAAAAAGCAAAGAAAUAUUUAGAGUGACUUACGUAUAAAGCUUCAUGAAAAUGAGCAGUGACUAUGCAUUGAUAAAAUCAAGUACUACUGAAAGAAGUUCCUAAGUGAACCUGUAUAUAUUUUUUCUUUAACUCUCUCUCUGAAUGGUGAUACCUCUUUAAACAUGGCAUUGGUAUUAUUUGUAAACAGUCCUUCGUUCAAAUAGAAUUCUAUCAAUUCCGCUAACGUGGAAAAACAUGUGAAUCUACUUUUCUAAUUAACCAUACCCAAGUCUGUCAGUCUAUGAAGACAUAAUCUGAAGUCCACUUGCCCAAAUCGCAGGCAGAACACCAAACAAGGAGAAAUAACUUCAGAAAUCUACUCCAUUAUCCAAAAGGUGACAAAUGACAACUAAACUUCCAGGAUGCUCAUUGCAUCACCACUCCUCUACAGCUGGUUCCAUGGAAGCAUGGAGUGUCCACCAACAUACCUGCUACCACCCACAAGGCCGCAUCCUCCUACCCACCCAGCAUGGUAGAGACACAGGGAUUGUGACAUAAGCAAAUACCCUCAGACUGAUAUAUGUAAAUGCCUGCCUACGAGCUUCCUGGUAGGGACACCAGCUGUGAAGGCCUCAUAACAGCCAACUUCUUGCAACUCUCAAGCUGACGGCCUCACGAAGGGGAGGAAGGACUCCUCCACUGGAGAACUGAUAGCAGUAUUCUGGUAGAGGAGGCAUCAAGAGCCCUAGGAGGCCAGCGGUAAUCAUGUAGGCGCUAUGGAAACUGCUAUGUGCGUUUGCUGUCCAUGUUGUACAUGGCAGAGAUGUUGUCCUCAGUUAUGCUCCUGUCUGUGCUGCAAGUUCAUCUUCACCUCAGAGCGGAACUGCACCUGCUUCCCCUGCCCUUACAAAGAUGAGCAGAACUGCCAGUUCUGCCACUGCACCUGUUCUGAGAGCCCCAACUGCCAUUGGUGUUGCUGCUCUUGGGCCAAUGAUCCCAACUGUAAGUGCUGCUGCACAGCCAGCAGCAAUGUUAGGUGCUACUACUAUGAGAGUCGCUGCUGCCGCAAUACCAUCGUCACUUUCCACAAGGGCCACCUCAGGAGCGUCCAUAUCUCCUCCAAGACUGCCCUGCGCAUUGGGAGCAGCGAUACCCAGUUGGAUGAAGUGAAAUCAGUACCAGCCAAGAGCCACCUGGUGAACCACCUCAAUUGCCCCAUGUGCAGCCGGCUGCGCCUGCACUCAUUCAUGCUGCCCUGCAACCACAGCCUGUGUGAGAAGUGCCUGCGGCAACUGCAGAAGCACGCCGAGGUCACCGAGAAUUUCUUCAUCCUCAUCUGUCCAGUGUGCGACCGCUCGCACUGCAUGCCCUACAGCAACAAGAUGCAGCUGCCGGAGAACUACCUGCGCGGGCGCCUCACCAAGCGCUACAUGCAGCAGCACGGCUACCUCAAGUGGCGCUUUGACCGCUCCUCCGGGCCCAUCCUCUGCCAGGUCUGCCGCAACAGGCGCAUAGCGUACAAGCGCUGCAUCACCUGCCGCCUCAACCUGUGCAACGACUGCCUCAAGGCCUUCCACUCGGAUGUGGCCAUGCAAGACCACGUCUUUGUGGACACCAGCGCCGAGGAACAGGACGAGAAGAUCUGCAUCCACCACCCAUCCAGCCGCAUCAUCGAGUACUGCCGCAAUGACCACGAAUUGCUCUGCACCUUCUGCAAGUUCUCUUUCCACAAUGGCCACGACACCAUCAGCCUCAUCGACGCCUGCUCCGAGAGGGCCGCCUCACUCUUCAGCGCCAUCGCCAAGUUCAAAGCAGUCCGAUAUGAAAUUGAUAAUGACCUAAUGGAAUUCAACAUCUUAAAAAACAGCUUUAAAGCUGACAAGGAGGCAAAGCGAAAAGAGAUCAGAAAUGGCUUUCUCAAGUUGCACAGCAUUCUUCAGGAGAAAGAGAAGAUCAUCAUGGAGCAGAUAGAGAAUCUAGAAGUGUCCAGGCAGAAGGAAAUUGAAAAAUAUGUGUAUGUUACAACCAUGAAAGUGAACGAGAUGGAUGGUCUGAUUGCCUACUCCAAGGAAGCCCUGAAGGAGACUGGCCAGGUGGCAUUCCUACAGUCGGCCAAGAUCCUGGUGGACCAGAUUGAGGAUGGCAUCCAGACCACCUACAGGCCUGACCCACAGCUCCGGCUACACUCAAUAAACUGCAUGCCCUUGGACUUUGUUGAGCUUUCCAGUGCCAUCCAUGAGCUCUUCCCCACAGGGCCCAAGAAGGUAUGCUCCUCAGGGGACUCACUGCCCUCCCCCUACCCCGUGCAUUCAGAAACAAUGAUUGCCAGGAAGGUCACUUUCAGCACCCACAGCCUCGGCAAUCAGCAGAUAUACCAGCGAAGCUCCUCCGUCUUAUCCUUCAGCAACACUGAGGAGAAGGCCAAGGUGGGUCUGGAGGCCUGUGGGAGAGCCCAGUCAGCCACCCCCGCCAAACCCACAGAUGGCCUCUACACCUACUGGUGUGCUGGAGCAGACAGCCAGUCUGUACAGAACAGCAGCAGCUUCCACAACUGGUACUCAUUCAACGAUGGCUCUGUGAAGACCCCGGGCCCAAUUGUUAUCUACCAGACUCUGGUGUACCCAAGAGCUGCCAAGGUUUACUGGACAUGUCCAACAGAAGACGUGGACUCUUUUGAGAUGGAAUUCUAUGAAGUCAUUACUUCCCCUCCUAACAACGUACAAAUGGAGCUCUGCGGACAAAUUCGGGACAUAAUGCAGCAGAAUCUGGAGCUGCACAACCUGACCCCCAACACAGAAUACGUGUUUAAAGUUAGAGCCAUCAAUGAUAAUGGUCCUGGGCAAUGGAGUGAUAUCUGCAAGGUGGUAACACCAGAUGGACAUGGGAGGAACCGAGCUAAGUGGGGCCUGCUGAAGAAUAUCCAGUCUGCCCUCCAGAAGCACUUCUGAGGCCCUUCAGAGCAGGAAGCAACCUCAGACUCAUCACAAAGUAGACAUAUAUACACACACAUAUGUAUGUAUAUUUUUCUCACCACAUUCUUCAAGGAGGUUGUAGAAAAAUGUUUCCGUGACCUCUCAGCUUUCCAACAGUAAUCUUGUAAGAGCUAAUAAAAGGAAAUACCUGA